AUGGAACUUCAAGAAGAGAAGAUGUCUACAGACAGCUUCACAGAAGAGCAAGAGCAGGCGUUCAGAGCCUGGGUGGACCGAUUCAACUGGAACUCACGGCCAUCGCUGAAGCAGGCCAACGACUUUUUGAGACUCAAGUUUUCGCUAUCGUUCCCCGAGGAUGCAUUGACUGCAAUCAUUGAUGAGAUGUUCAUUGUGAAAGACCCUCCUUCAGCCCGGGAAUUAUCUCCGUCUCCCCCGCUCCCACUUCAAAGCAUCGAGCCUGGUACGCCCCCUCACACGGGCAAAAUCAAAUUGCGCGGUUACGGUAUGAGCAUUACACAUCGCUAUCCAGGCCAGAAGGAUGUCGAGUUCCCUGUCCUGGUCGCCGACAGAGAAGCCGGUUGGAAGGCGCAGACUCUCCUCAUCCGAGAGUACUGCAUGCUGGAGGCUAUAGAAAGCCUCACGAACAAGCCAGAGUGGUGGCGCAAGAUCCGCGAUCCUGAAAUUGCGGCAAAAUGGAGGGCAGAGAUGCUGGCGAUGGAUUGGGACGGGUUUCAUUCACACGCAGACUUUACGCCAAAUAUGGCGGAUGCGUGUAUCGAAGAGUUGCUCUUAAAGGCAGACAUGUACGAGAAAACUGGUCUGAUUCCCGUCUUUGACUACUCGGCAUGCGUUCUCAAGUCAGACAGCCUGCUUGACGCCGAUCUAACGAGUAAGCUUGCUGAACAAGUGAAGCCUCUGGAAGACGUGCCGGAGGCGGCAAAAGACUGGCAUCCUGGAAGCGACAACAAGGUGCUUGAUUUGGUUCACCCGUCUCUGUGGCCGUUGGUAUUCGGCAAGACACGCAUCAUGCCGGAUCACGAAAUUGGCCUGAACGAUUGCAUGCGCUUCAUCGGUGCCGGUGACGUGAUCCCCAAGCCGAAGGAGAGCGAGAAGCAAACGUCCACCUUCUGGAACGACCGUAACGUUGCGACAUCAUCAGUCAACUUUCAGUGGCUGCCGUGCAAUGUGGAAGUCGGCCAAGACGGCAACGCACGCAUCACAAGCUACAUCAACAACCUGCAUCCUGUUGAGCACAAGGGUUUGUAUCCGGUGAUUGAAGAAUUCAUCUCAAAAUCGCUUCCUGCUUGGGACUUUGUGUAUCGAUGGCCCAAGGAGUUUCCGUACCAGCGUCUGUCAACCAUGGAGGCCGGCCCUGAAUGCACAGUUCCCGAGCUGUGCGAAGCGUCGUAUGAAUGCACUCCGGCCAGCCGGCCCUUGGAAGAGGGCGAGGCGGAAAGGGAAGAAGACGAGGAAUACGAAGACGACUACGAAGGAUCCGCACGCGAGCAGCUCGACACGAAAUGGUUCUCCGAGACACAUCCCUUGAAACUCCCCGACGACAAGUCUGAUUUUCGCUCCACCGACGCCUACAAGGGCAAGGUCAAGACGACGGGGUUCUUCGACAACGCCAGCCGCCUCCAGGUCAUUGUCAAGCUGGCCAGCAUCCACCUCACCCCCGAGAGCCCGCGCUACGACGGCGGCUCGUGGCACGUCGAGGGCCAGCACAACGAGCACAUUGUCGCCACGGCGCUGUACUACUACGACAACGACAACAUCACCGAGUCGCUGCUCUACUUCCGCACCUCGGCCGACUCGGAGGAGCUGAGUAUGAACCUAAACUACAUGCAGAGCGACGUGCGCUCCAUCGCGCGGACCUUCGCCGUCGAGCAGAGCCACGAGGCCAGCACGCUGCAGGACGUCGGCUCGGUGACGACGCGCGAGGGCCGCGCCGUCUUCUUCCCCAACCUCUUCCUGCACCGGGUCGCGCCGUUUGAGCUGCAGGACGGGACGCGCCCGGGCCACCGCAAGAUACUGGCGCUGUUCCUCGUGGACCCCAAGGUGCCCGUCAUCUCGACGGCCAACGUGCCGCCGCAGCAGCGCCACUGGUGGCCCGGGGAGGGGUAUGUGAGGGAGCAGUUCCCGCUGCCGGCCGAGGUUGGGGAGAUGGUGCUGGGGAAUGUCGACUUUCCGUACGGCGAGGCCGAGGCGAAGCGGAUCCGCGAGCAGCUGAUGGCGGAGCGCAGGACCGAGCAGGCGGACUUUGUGAGCAACCUCAAGUCUGUGGAGUUUGGGUUCUGCGAGCAUUAA